AACCGGCUCGUGGAAUCAGCUGAUUCUCCUGGAAGUUAGGUUAGAAUUUUAAAACCUCAAAGUGUCGAAAUGUCUUACGAGAAAUAUGCGUGUAGAUAAUUUAAACCUUAGUAAAUUAAUAGUAUUUUGACACUUUAUAUUAAAAUAAAAUGAGUGUUAAGAAAACAAUAAUCCAUUUAUUUAAUUCAUCAUUAAAACGUGUGUUGGUAAAAAAUCAUGUAGUAAAAUUAUCCAAAUUCUGUAAUAAUACCUUACAUAAAAAAUAUUGUACUGAAGCCAAAGAGUUGAAAGAAUACAAAACUCCAAUAGAGAACAUACGAAACUUCAGCAUCAUAGCUCAUGUUGAUCAUGGAAAAAGUACACUAGCAGACAGACUACUAGAAAUAACUGGAGCUAUUAAUGUGAAUUCUGGAGCUCAAAUCCUGGAUAAAUUACAAGUAGAAAAAGAGCGAGGAAUUACUGUAAAAGCUCAAACAGUAUCUCUCAAGUAUGUUUAUAAAGGAACUGAAUAUUUAUUAAAUCUAAUUGAUACUCCAGGUCAUGUAGACUUCUCUAGUGAAGUACACAGAUCAUUAGCAGCAUGUCAAGGUGUGAUUCUUUUAGUCGAUGCUAAUGAAGGAGUUCAAGCUCAGACGGUUGCUAAUUUCUAUCUGGCUUUUGGGAAAGAUCUUGUAAUAAUUCCAGUCCUGAAUAAAAUAGACUUAAAAAAUGCAGAUCCUGAAAGAGUAACUAAUGAGCUGAUUUCGUUAUUUGAUUUUGAAAAAGAAGAAAUACUAAGGAUUUCAGCAAAACAGGGUAUUGGUGUUGAUAAAUUAUUAGAGACAAUUAUCGAAAAAAUUCCUUCACCUCCAGUUGAUCGAACAAAACCAUUUCGCGCUUUAGUAUUUGACAGCUGGUAUGAUAGAUACAGAGGUGCAAUUUCCUUAAUUUACAUUUCUGAAGGUUCUUUAUCGGUGAAACAACAUGUUACUUUUUUGCAUACUGGAAAAUCAUAUGAAGUGAAACAUCUUAUGCUUCUUCGACCUGAAGAAGAGCUUGUUAAAACUCUUUACGCAGGUCAAGUAGGGUGUAUUGCUUGUCACAUGAAAACAUCAAAAGAAGCACAUAUUGGUGAUACAAUUCACUUAAAAAAUGAGCCAGUUGAACCUCUUAUUGGUUUUUCUCCACCGAAGUCUAUGGUUUUUGCUGGAAUUUAUCCUGUGGAUCAAGCACAACAUCUAGCUUUGCGAAGUGCUAUCGAAAAAUUAGUUCUUAAUGAUAGUGCAGUCAGUAUGAGUCCUGAGUCUAGCCCUGCACUUGGUCAAGGAUGGCGCUUAGGAUUUUUAGGAUUGCUUCAUAUGGAGGUGUUUUGUCAAAGACUUGAACAAGAACACGAGACAGCUAGUAUUAUAACAUCUCCAAGUGUUACUUAUAAAGCAAAAAUAAUAGGCAAACAAAAUAUUAAAGAAAAUCGUGGUGAUGAAAUAUUCUUCAAUAAUCCUUCUUUCUUUCCCAAUCCACAAAUUGUUUCAGAAUUUUAUGAACCAAUGGUCUUAGGAACAAUUAUUACACCAGAACAACAUGUGAGAACUAUAAUGAGCCUUUGCGAAAACAAGAGAGGUGUUCAACAAUCAUCAAAACACUUGGAUACCAAAAGAAUGAUAUUGCAAUACGUUUUACCAUUAAAUGAAGUAAUAAUUGACUUCCAUGACUCGUUAAAAUCUAUUACUUCAGGGUUUGCAAGUUUUGAUUAUGAAGAUUAUGGGUAUGAAGUAACUGAUAUUGUUAAAAUGAAUGUCUUACUCAACGGAAUGCCAGUUGAAGAACUUAGUACAAUUGUUCAUGCAUCGAAAGCAACAGGAUCUGCAAAGCGUCUAGCUGCUAAAUUAUUGGAUAUAAUUCCUCGACAACAGUUCUUGAUUGCGAUUCAAGUAACUGUGGGUGUAAAAGUAUUAGCCCGAGAAAAUCUCAAACCUUAUAGGAAGGACAUCACUGGAAAACUAAAAUCUGGUGGAGACAUGCAACGAAGAAGAAAACUUUUAGCUCAGCAAAAUGAAGGGAAGAAGAAGUUGAGAAUGGUAGGAAAUAUAACUCUACCAAGAGAAACAUUUAUUAAAGUGUUGAAAAAAUAAACAAAGGUAUAAAUAUGUAUUUUAAUUAUUAUAUUUCAUAGUUAGCAUCAGACGAAUAAUUUUUAUGAAUAUUGAAUUAGAAUUUUUUAUCAAAAACUGGUUGAGAAUAAAUAAAACCGACAUUACAUUAAAAGUUUAUCAA